AAGGCCUCCACUAUUUUUUUUUUCGAAGGGCCUCCACUAGUUCGCCGAGGCGGAUUUGAUAAGCCUUGAUUAAAAUAACAAACGGGUAACCGCGGGCCAUCGAAACUUUAGCAUCGCUUCAUCUACCUCACUUUCGGUGGUUUCUAGGGUUUCAUUAUUUGACUACCAGGACCACCACCAGCCAUGGCCGGAGCUGGACUCCACCCAUACCACCAGCAGUGGCCUCAGGCAGCCGCUCCUCCGCCUCCACCCGCUGCGGCUGCUGCGCCUCCUCCUCCUCCUCCUGCUGUCCACCAUCCUCCUCCAGUCCUCGUUGAUAACAGUAAUCGCGUUCCUACGCACGAUGAGGUACGUACAAUAUUUAUGACGGGGCUUCCUGAAGAUGUGAAGGAGAGAGAACUUCACAACUUAUUGAGAUGGCUACCAGGUUAUGAGGCUUCACAAGUGAAUUACAAGGGAGAAAAGCCUAUGGGUUUUGCUCUCUUCUCUAGUGCCCAGUUUGCUAUUGCUGCCAAAGAUGCUCUUCAGGACAUGGUUUUUGAUGCGGAUACUAAGUCGGUGUUGCAUACAGAGAUGGCAAAGAAGAAUCUAUUUGUGAAAAGAGGAAUAGUAACAGAUUCUAGUGCGUAUGAUCAAAGUAAACGCUUAAGAACUGGUGGUGACUAUUCUCAUGCUGCUUAUACAACUCCAUCUCCAUUUCACCCUCCCCCUGCUCCGGUCUGGGCACCACAUGGGUAUAUGGCCCCUGCUCCACCUCCAUAUGAUCCGUAUGGAGGCUAUCCUGUUCCCCAGGUACCAAUGCCUACUCCUGUGCCCAUGCCAGCUCCUAGCAGUUAUGUACCUGUUCAGAAUACAAAAGAUAACCCUCCUUGCAAUACCCUAUUUAUUGGUAAUCUUGGAGAGAAUAUCAAUGAGGAAGAACUCAGGGGUCUAUUCAGCAUACAACCUGGCUUUAAGCAAAUGAAAAUCUUGAGACAAGAAAGGCAUACUGUUUGUUUCAUUGAAUUUGAAGAUGUGAACAGUGCAACAAAUGUCCACCGAACUUUACAAGGUGCUGUGAUCCCUAGCUCUGGUUCUGUUGGCAUGCGAAUACAAUAUUCAAAGAACCCAUUUGGUAAGAGGAAAGAUGGAAGUCACCCAACUGCUUCUCCCAGUGCCAAUGGAGCUCCACCAGCUAUUACCUACCAGUAGCUUGAAGGGGAUGUACUCUGAUCCUUAUGCACCGAGAAAUAUAUAAUAGGAUGCAUCUUGCAGCUGUUGCAUGCAUCCAUUUCAUCAUCAACAUCAGCAUUAACAUCUCUUCUCAUGUGCAUGAAUGCACGCAGUGCUAUCAUGAGAGCACCAUUGGCUCAUGUGUUAUACUAAUUUCUCCAGGACAUGCAUUUGUCAGCAGCAUAUAUUGAUGUGUGGAUAAUCUAUUAGUAUUUACCAUCUGUAGAAGGGUGCAUUGCAGAUUUUUAUUUUUAUUUAUUUUUAUUUUUUCCUUUUUGUUGAA